AUGGACGAUGUCGGCGUCGACGACCACCGCGAAGGGGACACGCCGACAACAAGGCCGGUGUCGCACCAGGCGCCGAGAAACACCCCCUCGUUGGGUCAAACCAGCAGCAGCCGCGGCCGUGAAUUGGCGCCGGUUGCGGAAGGGCCCCCGGUUUCGCUUGCCGCCGCCGCCGCCGCCCCCGCUGCGCUCGAGACCGCGGAGACCUUGCUCUCGAUGUCCCCUUCCGUGCGCCACGGUAGUGGUUCUCUCGAGCAUGGCCGCGAUGGCGGCGCACCUCCCGCUCGACCAACGAGUAGCGUCAGCAGGAGGGACGGUGAUGACGUCGCCGUUGCCGCCGCCGCCGGUGGUGGUGGUGGUGGUGGUGGCUCGAAACCGCCGGUACCUCCCGCAGAAGAAGAAGCCAAGGAAGAAGAGGGUGGGGCUUGUGAUGACCCCGUGGGUACUCCGAACAGCACGGCAUCAUUUUCGCGGCGGCUCGGACCCGGAAGCCCCUCAUCAGCGACCGGCUUGCUACGGACAACGAGGCGGGCAAUGCCGCCGCCGCCGCCGCCGUCCUACCGCUCCCCGGCCUUGGCGCGACCUCCGAACGCGUCGUCGUCGUCGUCGUCGACGCCUCCUCCUCCUCGCCCGUUGCUGCCGCAAACACCUCCGAUGGCAGCGGCGGCGGCGGCGCGGCGGCCCGCCACCCCGUCGUUCAAGGCGGGCGAUUUGGUCAGCGUGCCCUCCCGCUCCUCCCCCGGGGUUAACAAGGAAGGCGGCGUGGCAAAGGUGACGCUCGUCCGCCCGGACGGGACGUGCGACGUCAAGUACAUCGUGCACCACGGCAGGGAGAAAGGCGUGCCGGCCGGCAUCAUUUCCUUCUAUGCGGUGGACGACGACGACAACGACGAGGAGAGCGCCAGCGCUGGUGGUGGCGGCGACGGCAGGCGCGAACGCGGAGGAGGGGGGCGGGGUGCCGUUGCCGCCGGUUCCUUGGGGUCCUCGUCACGGUCUUCUACGCCGGCGUCGAAGGAGGCGCCGUCGUCGUCGCGCGUGCGCAGGACGUCUCGCAAGGGGUGGUGCUCACCGGACCUGGCGGCCGGCCAGGCCUACGCGGCUUGCCUCAGCUACAUGCUCGGGGAGACCCAGCACCCGGAGCUAGACCUGGACCCUGACCUCGGCGAGCUGCUUGACCCGAACGAGGGCAGCAGCGGCGCCGGCAGCGCCGGCGACGGUGGCGGCAAGGUGGACGAGAGUCGGAGGAGGGAGGACGGAGCUUCGCCCGCGGCGGCGGCGGCGGCGGCGGCAACGGCGGCGGAAGAAGAGGCAAAGGAAGGCGAUGACGAUGUCACCGUCGUAGUAUCGGGCCGGGGAGUUGGAAGCAGCGGCAGCAGCGGCGGCGGGGGGGGGCAAGGAAGCGCAAAGGGCGUCGUCGGUAAGAGGAAGCGCAUGGCGCGUGGUGGUGGUGUUGACGACGACGACACCACCCGGGGUGAUGGAGGCAGAGAUGAGCGGCAAGUCUCGGACGACGUCGAGGGAGGACCUUCGCAAGGGCAAGGACGCCGCCGCCGCCGCCGUCGCCGCCGCAUCAGCAGCAGCGCCAACGAAGCCAGCGAAGGCAUGGAGGUUUUCGAUAUUUCGGCCUUGAGCGCGGGGUCGAAUAGCGGGGAUAAUGGUAUGACGCUCUUGACGACGGCGCCGCCGCUUGAUUCAGAAGGUCGGGGCGGGGGCGGCGGCGACAACCACGACAUUUUCGAUAUUACGGCCCUUAGCGAUGAGACGAACAGCGGGGACAAUGCUGCGGUGCCAUUGCCAACGGCGACGGUCGACUUCAACAGUCAUGGUGGUGGUGGUGGUGGUAGCAGUGGAUCUCGAUCGCGUGGGCGUGCUGCCGCUCCUCCUACUGCUGCUGUAAGGAAGCGUUGCAGGCCGCCUGGUAGUGAAUCGGCGGAGGUUGGCGGUCGACCGGUGACCUCGGGCAAGGGGAAGAGCAAGACCGCAAAGGCAGGAGGCAGCAGCGGCGGCGGCGGCGGCGGCCGUGGCGGUGUUGAUGGUCGCGGUGAUGGUGGUGGUCUUCAAGGAGCAUGCGCAAACGGACGGCGUGGCCAAGCGACGUCGGCGGCGGCGGCGGUGGUGGCGGCGGAGGAGGACGGGGCGGUGGUGCUGACCAUGAGCGGCUCCUCGAGCGAGAUGUCGAAGCUGGCGGACUCGUUGGCGAAGAGCCGCGGGUGGCGAGUGGAGCCCAAGUACACGGAGGCCGUUACCCACGUCGUGUGCGGGACGGUGCCGAAGACCGCCAAGGCCAGGGUCCGAAGCGUCAAGUUCCUCAGGGCGGUGGCCGGCGGCAAGUGGGUCGUGACCGAGGCCUGGCUGCAGGAGUGCAGGCGGCGGGGGUGCCGGGCGGAGGAGGAGGCGUUCGAGGUGGCCGGGGACAAGAAGAGCCACGUCCCCUCCGCUCCGACACGGUCGAGGCUGGCCCACGCGGAUGUGGAUCGGCCGGGACUCUUCCAGGGCAUCAUGUUCCACUUCCGGGGCCAGUUCGGGACCACGGGGUCUCCCCCGCUCUCCGAUCUAGAGUCCAUGCUGCUCGCCAACGCCGGGAAGGUGGUGAGCACGCUCGGGUCCCUCUGCGGCGCGCGAUCGAUCCCGCUCGGCUCCGGGAGCGGCGGCGGCGGCGGCGGCGGUGGCAGAGGUGGGUGGCGGCCGCGAAAGGUGGUGAUCUUCCAGCCGUCCUCGCCCGACGAAGACCAGCGGGCGAUGGAGGAGAAGAAGCUGGCCGCCGCUCUCGCGGCGGAGGCGGAGCUGUUGCGGCAGGGUUCGGAGAGCGCCCCCAGAGGCGGCGGUGGGUGGGGCCGGGACGAGGACGAGGACGGGGUGGGGGUGGUGGUUGACGUCGUGAGGCCGAUCUGGCUGGUGGACAGCGUGGGGUGCUUUAGGGUCUUGAAGCCGGCCGUGCAUCAUCGGGUUCCGGGCUUUGGUCCAGAAUGA